CCAGAUGGCGCUGUUCGAUCCAAAUAGGCCUUCAACCCUCCUCAUCAAAAAGGAAGAAUAAAAGAGCGUCCUCCCUUCCUCCGUCGUCUUCUUCCCCCUUCUCUUUCUUGCUCCAGGGGAAAGGAACACAAAAGCCGAGCUCCCUCUGCGGCAAAGGGAAGAAAGGAGUUAGCAGGAGGGGCGCGAGUCACGAGCCAUGGACGCUUCAGCUCUCAACGACCCGAGGCUGCACGCGCUCUUAGAGGAGGAGAAGAGAAAGGCCAUGGCGAACGAGGUUAUAGCGAAGCUGACUGAUACUUGCUGGGACAAAUGCAUCACCGGAAGCAUCGGGAGCAGCUUCAGCAACAGUGAAACCUCUUGCCUGUCCAACUGCGCAAAACGCUUUAUUGAGGUUAAGAUGCUCACCAUGCAACGAGCAAACAGCAGCAGCUAGGACCAGAAUAGGUCCACUAGAGUUGAUGCAAACCACCUAUCAUUCUCUGCGUUAUGAAUGAUUUUGUUAUUUCUUUUGCUGUUGGACCAUAGUUAGUGCGAUGGUCGCCAGAAAUUUUCAGAUGGUGAUUAAAAUGUUAUUGCUACUAUGUUUUCACUACUUGAUAUGGGCAGACGCUACGGCAAGAUUAGAUUUGA